UAAAUAAUAUCGUUUUGUAAAGUAUGAUCAAUGCAAUUACAGUUCAUUAAAGAUGCUUAAAUUAUAAUAAUAACAAUAAAGAUAUAAUAACGAAUAGAAUAUCAACUAAAAUUAGGAAAUUUCCACCAAAAUUGAGAAUCAUUCAAACCUAGAUGGCCAAGUUAAGGACAGUGUCUGAACUAACUUCUUUUGGACGAACAAAUUAGGCUUUUUAAUGUGGAUCCCAAUAGCCUCAGUCUCUCCAAAUCAUACUGGACUUCCAGGUGCAGUUGGAUUACAAAAUGUUAUUAAUGAUGCAAUACAAAAUUCAUCUUAUGACAUACAAUCCACGCUGUAUUCAAGUACUGUGUUAAGCGGUGGAUGUACACUACUUCCAGGCUUUGCUCGUCGAUUAGAAAGUGAACUGAAAUUAUUGAAUUCAUCGAAAAAUCAAUGUAUUCUUAUAUAUAAAAAACAAAAUGAUCAAAAAUAUGCUGUAUGCAUAAGUGGAUCAAUUCUAGCCUCAUUAAGUUCAUUUCGUAAAAUCUAUAUAGAGAAAAAGGAGUAUGAAGAAGUCGGUGCUAGUGUUGUACAUGCGAGAUAG